GGGAAUUUCCAAUUGGGCUUAAAGGGAGAUCACUCUAAUUUUCUUUCAUCAACAUUAGCCGAUUCUUCUAAAAAAAAUUCAGUUUUUUAAACAAUCAAUCAAAUCCUUGCUUUGCUGCAAAGUUCUUUAUCAAGUAGUAGUAAUCUUGGUAGUAAGUAUUAUUUUCAAUAUGCCUAAUAAAAAUUAGUCACUAAUAUGACUAUACUUACUUAUACUGAUAUAAAUUAUAACACUAUUAUAGACUAUACUAUUACUAUUACUAUUACUAUUAGUACUAUACUUUACUAUACUAUUUACUAUUUACUAUUUUGUAUAGUAUAUAUUAUAUAGUAUAGUCAUAGUUUAUAGUCUAUACUAAUACUAAUACUAUAGACUAUAGUCUAUUAGUUACUAUUACUAUAGUCUAUAGUCUUAGUCUUAGUCGAGUCAUAGUAAUAGUAUAAGUUAUAAAGUAUGAUACUAGUGUAUACUAUACUACUGUAUAGUAAGUAUAUAAAUAAAAAUUAUAAUAUAUUAUAAUAUUUAAUAUAGUCAUAGUCUAAGUAUACUACAGUAUAGUAUAGUCAGUAUAGACUUUGACUAUGACUAUGUAUAAUAAUUUUUAUUAUAUCACUAUACUCGCCUACUAUUAUAAUUAUACUGUACUAUGUUAUUUAAUAUAUAAUAAUAUAAAUAUGACAUAAUAAAAUAAUCUAUAGUCUAUAGUUAAUAAUAGUUAAAGAUAAUAAACAAGUUACAGUUCUUAAUACUUAGUCUAGUUUUCAUUCAUAAGUGCUAUUACCGGUUUAUUAUAAUUUUAUAUGCCAUCAACUCCCAAGAAAUUCAAGAAUAAUAGUUCUUAGUCAUAAAUUUAUAUAAUAUUAUCAUUAUAUUCAUGAUACUUUUACUACUACUACUAGAUCUAUUACUAUUAUAAUUAUAAAACUUAAGUUUACAGUUACUUUGGUACUAAUUCUAGCUUAAAACAUUUUCAAAAUUUUAAUACAUUUAAAUUUAUUUAAAAAUAAUAAAAGUCAAAUCUUAGCAUGAUGUUCAAAUUACUUAUAAAUUAAUACACCUAAUUAAUAUAUAUUUUCAGCUAUGGUACCGGUACUGCAAACCGUCACUAUCUCUUUAAUUAUUCAGGUACAAAAUACAAGUAGGUUAGUGGGUUAUCUACAUUAGGAUGCCAUGAAGUACGAUGACGCAAGUGCAAAGAGUUGUCAAGUUUUGUAUUCCUUUAAAUACUAAAUUCAGUUCAUCUUUUUUAUAUGUCAUCCCAACUUUAUGUACUAGGCUGGAUCUACCACAUACAGUACAUCAUCAUAAGCUAACAUUUCAACAAACUUGUCAGUUUUCUCACUUGGCUGUUAAACCUCAUUUUGACAUUUGGAUACAUUGGUUCUGCAAACCAGCAAAAUGUUUUGACUCAAUAAAAAUGGGAAGAAAAUGUAAGAACAAGCUGUUGAUGAACUUUGUUCAUACAGACAGAACAAAGCUUUUACAGAAUAAUACUGAUACCAGUAUGUCAAAGUGUACCAAACAUCUUUUUCAACGACUUCCUUUUAUCCUUGAUGAUAAUAUGGAAUGCAUGCCUUCUUCAAGUAUAGAAAAACAGAUUUUGGAUUGUUUACAUGAGUGGCAAUUACAAAAAGCUGUUAACUUAUUAAAGAUAUCUUUGAAAAGUGGAGUGAAACCAGACAUACAGGUUAUAUUCAGAUUGCUACAACAUUUUUCAUCUCUUGGAGAGGUUUGUAUUUCAUUAUUGUUAAAGAAAAAGAUAUAAUUAGAUAUCAUAAGAAUGGUUUCACUUAUUACAAAUAAGUCCUAUUAUUGGUAUUAAUUAGCUGUCAACUACUGAAAUGAAGUAUUGCAUUAAAUAUAUGUAAUAUCAGAAGAUGAAUAUAAUAUAUAAUAAUAUAUAUAUAAGGCAAAUCAUAAACAUUUUAAGAGUUUUUAGUUUCUGCAAAUUUUUAUUUUAAAUUUCAUAUUAACUUUUUCAUAUAGGACCACAAGAAAACUGCCAAAGUCACCAUCAAUAUUCAUGAAAUUAUUAUUCACGCUCAUAUUGGAAAAGCACAGCAUGAUCUUAUUUUCAUUUCUUGCCAUGUAUUUUUAACUUGGUUAAAAUAUAAUAAUAUGAACUAAAAAAAACUUUAAAUUUACAAACGCAGGUAAAUUGUUUGUUAGAAAUGAAUGACAUUUUGAAAAGCAACAAUAUCAGUUUUGGUUUGGAAUUUUACAAGUGCCUUCACAUGGCCUACUGCAUCAGCGGGAAAAUUGAAGAAAGCAUAGCCAUGCUGAGAGAGAUGUAUGAGUCUGCCUCUAAAUCUGAAAAUGUUGAUGUAUUUUUUUACCUACUAACGACAAAGGUAACUUAAAAAGAAGCAAAAGUAAAAUAGACAUUUAAAAAGAAGCAAAAGUAAAAUAGACAUUUAAUUUAUUUAAAAUUUAACCCUUUUUGAUUGACAAAUUCUAAGAUGUAUUCCAUGACCAAUGUUUAUAUUAAGUUUAGAUAACUACUGCAAUGCAAAAGCAUUUUAAAUUAAAUUUCCACAUGUUCGCCUCUCCAAUAUUUAACAAAAUACGAUAUAGUAUUAGUCUAAAAAUUUAUCAAUGUGUACUUGUGAAUGCUUCCAGAUUAUAAUACAUUUUCCUCAUCGAAUAAACAUUAUUAAAAGUCUUGUUGAUGAGCUUCAGAAAAAGAAACUGCUUCUUCCCUAUGCACAAGCAUAUUUAUGGUGCUCUUUUGUUCAAGCUGAAAAGUUUAGUAAAGCUGAUGGAAUGUUGCAAGAAGAUAAAGAUCUUAAAAAAUUUAUUCCAGCACAGGUUUGUUUGCCUUUCUUUAAAAAAAUUUUUUAUGAAGGCAUGCCAUUUAUAAAUUAGCUGAAUAUAUUUUUUAUUUGUAGGAAUUCUGCUUUGAACAUUUUUAUUUAAACACUUUAAUAAAGAUUAACCCACGAAUUGCUGUCGGCUAAUUUCAUCGGCCAAUUUUCUAUCCCCAAACUGUGUCGGCUGAUAAAAUCGGCCUAUAAAAAUUGCGUUGAAAGGAUAAGUUCCAGUCCAAUAUUUUACACCAAAUAUAAUUACUUCCUUUUAUUAAUAAAUAAACUUCAGUUUUUCGCUCUUCUGCGUCCUUUUUUUAAAACUUUGCAGUUAUUUUUACAACUAUCUUUACCAAGCAAAUUUGUGUCAGUAGAUUUUCGCAAAGUGGAUGAGGCCAUAUCUGGCUUACAAAAUAAAUCAGUUAUGAAUCUUUUUGAUAAUUCUUUUUAGUUAAUGACUUAAGUUAUUAGGAAUAUGAUUUUCUGAUCACACAAGAAGACAAUGAUAAUUCUGAUUAUUUUUCUAGUGGGUCAGAAAGUGAAAUUUUGGACGAUUUAGGCGUAGACCUAGAACUAGUAGGCGUUGCCACAACAACAGGACUCAUUAAAAACUAUGUUGUAGAUGAUUUUGUACCAACGAAAAAUAAUUGGAUGUUGUUCUAUUUAUGUUUUCUUAUAUUUCAUUUUAUGGAUUAAAUAUUUAAAUAGCAGCUUUUAAAAUUUUAUCCGUUUCUUGUUAUUUAGUAAUGUUUAUAUUGUUUAUGUCGUGCUUGGUUACUUGAACGUAAUUAUAGGUAUCAGAAGAAAUAUUUUUUUGUUUAAAUCUGUUAAGAACUAAAACGUAUACGAAUAAUACAUUUUCUGAAAGAUAAAUAAAAAUUCUAUCAUAUUAUAUAAACAUUAUAAUAGUAUGCAUUUAAAAAAAUGUAGUUUGAGGUGCUUGAAAAGAGAAAAUUCAUUAUUUUCUUUAUUCUUGGUUACUCCAAGGUUAAGGUCACAGUCACUGAGUAUAAAAGAUCAUUAAAAAGUAGGCAGUAUGAUUCCCCACUCUGUAUAAUUUCAAAAAAUAUACACUAUGUGGGGUCUAGCUAUAGUAUUUGCAUUUGAAAAGGCAACAAAAAAGCUCUAAAUUGCCUUUACAGUACCAGUACAGAAACAUUACAAUUGACCGUUCGUGGGUUAAGUAAGGAUUGCAUGCAAUCUAUAUCUAUGUAGCAGGUAAUGAACCAAUCCUGACCUAACCAACUGCAAACAAAGCAAUGCUAUCAUUUUUCUACAUAAAUUUUAAUUAGCUUUAUCUCCAUAUAGUGUGUUUACCUGGUUGCACUAUUGAGUUCAUAUAGUCCUAACAUUGUAUAAUGGAUCUGUGUUUGGAGGCAUAACUUCAGGAGUUGGUCCCUAUUGGACACUGUUCUCUUCCCCCUCUCCCCAAAUUUCCCAGAUCCUACUCAAGUCAGAUGAGAGUCAACCUUUUGUUAAAAUAACGACUGAGAAAUUAAAGAGUCUUUUUAUAACACAUUUUUGAUUGUUUAUUCACUGACCAAAUUAUCUCACUUUGAACUUUUAUUUCUUUUCAUUUCUGCCAUCAGUAAAUUACGAAAUUCUCUCAAAAUGCUCCCUUUGAUGAUUACCAUCUAUUAGGCAAAGUUUACCUUAGUAUUUCCCUUACUUUUUCUUUUCUCCCCUUAUUCUAUAACUUCUUAUGUAUAGAGAUGCUUAUAAAUUCUAUUCUAUGCAUUAGUCAUCACAAGUAAAAGACCCCUAGGUGUCUGCGUCAUUUACUUUAGGUUAAUCUGGCACUUCUCACAAUUCAUGUAACGGUAGUAAAAAUUAAUUGACAUAUAAAUAAAUAUUUUCUCUCCAACUCCAAGGUGACAAAGUUAGUUCAGUUAUCAAAUGAACUGGAGUUUGAUAGAGACAAGGUUCUACUCUGGAUUUUACAGCAGUCAUAUAUCAAACCAGGUCUUAAAGCUAGUGUUUUUGAUGCUCUCAUUAUUCACAAAUGUAAGGAAUACUUUAAAUGGGCAUGAAUGUUUUUUAUUAAAAAAUGAAUUAAACUUAAACUAAAAGUUUGGGUGAUUUGUAUCAUUCCAAAUAUAAAUUGAAGUGAUUUUAUUCAUAUUUAUCUUCUUUUUUUUAAAUGUAUUGUUGGGUUUGAGUUUAAGAUAUUUUGAAUGAUGAAAAAAUUAAAGUAGCUAAUACUUGUUCUAUUUUUAAGGUAAACAAGGAGAUUGGGACCAAGCACUGAAAUACUUGUCAGAUGCCAUGCUUCAAGGACUAAAAAUACACAAAGAUACAUUAAAAGUGUUUCUCUCUAAAUUCUUGUGUGAAUUCUCACAUUCACAAAUUCAGCAGUUUUCAAAUUGGGCAAAGAAUCAAUAAAGUUAUGAUUUGUUUUAGGAAUGUUAU